AUGUUCUUCUUCUUUGUGUGCGGUGAGCACACCUUCCGCAAGGAAGUUUCAGGCUACGAGGGCAUGGUAUGCCAAUGUCACCACUGUGGUAACAUGGCAGCUCAUGUCCAGAAGAGCAACCCUUGGUUCACAUUCUGUUGGAUUCCUUUGAUUCCUUUGUCUAUCUCCGGUUACACCGAUGUCGCAUGCCGAAUCUGCAACUUCCACCAGCCUCUCGAGAACCGUCCAGACGUCAAGGCCAUGGCAAAUGGUGGAGCACCGCCUCAACAGCAUUACGGCCCUCCUCAGGGUGCACCUCAAGGACAGCAACCUAUGCGCUACGGUUAA